AUGAUCCCUCCCACCGACGCCGCUCUGAACAAGCUCGCUUUAGAGUACAGCUGGGAAGAAAUUCUCAAGGCGACGAGGAACUUCCACCCGAACAACCAACUUGGAAAGGGAACGUACGGUGCGGUGUUCCGAGGAACGUUGAAAGAUGGCACGAAUGUUGCGAUCAAAGUGUUGAACUACCCGAAGGAAUCGGGGUUUAAAGAGGAGGUGGAGGUGUUGUCCAAAUUUCGUCAUCCGAAUUUGGUGAUAUUAAUGGGCUUCGCGCGGGGGAAAAACAAGGAAAGGUGUUUGAUUUACGAGCUACUCGAAGCGGAUGUCUGUUAUCCUGUGCAAAAGUAUCGCACUCGUAUUGCAACCAUGCAUUGCAAAUCCUUUUUCCAAGGUAUAUCCGCAUUACAAAUUUUAUUUCUCAUGCAAACUAAGGAAAUUUGUAAUGCAUUUAUACGAGUGCGAAUGCGAUACUUUUGCAGCUCAUAUUUGUUCCAGGUUGACGAUGUUGGACGUGACAAAUUCAACAACAAAACCGGGGCAACAACAAAUCAAACCGUUGAGUUACAAGGAAAGACUGUCGAUUUUGCUGGACUCCGCUCUAGGUUUAGCACACCUCCACUGCGCGACACCGCAGGUUUUUCACCGAGAUAUCAAGUCGCAGAACAUCUUGUUGGAUAGGAACGGAACGGCGAAAAUGGCGGAUUUCGGGUUAGCGUUACUGGCGGAGGAAACGUCAAGCGGGAAAAAUUACAAAACCAGCUCUAGUAGUGGUGGUAGCGGGGGUGUGAAGGUGGAACACACAAGUGGGACGAUCGGCUACGCGGACCCUUUGUACAUCAACACAUCGAUUGUCACGGAAAAAUCAGAAAUCUACAGCUUCGGCAUGGUGAUGCUGGAAAUUUUGACCGCAAAACCACCGGCAUUGCAAAUGCCGGACGGGAAGAUUGAGUACCAGUUCACGCAGUUGAUGAAAAACCACCAAUAUGAAGUGCAAAAGCUAAAUCACAUACCGUGGAAAUUGCAAUACAAAAUUUUUCGGAAGCAAUAAAACCUGAAUUUGUAAUGCUGAUCUUGCUUAAGACUGGCAUUUCUCAAGCAUGUUUAUGCUAGCAAAGGGCUAGUGCGCUGUGGACCCCCAGGAUCAGGUAGACGAGGUCCCAGACCGAAGUGGUAGGCGCUUAGGGUGAACUAUGUAUGUAGCGCUUAGGGCCCUUCCGUACGGCCAAUUUGUAUGUCCCGCAACGGGGUUCGCCUAAGUCGGUCACUUGUAUGCAAGGCGUUGGGUUACCCGGUCGGCAGAGCCGAUCCACAACGAACGAACGAAUGUUUGCAAUUAAUACGAGUGCGAUGCUUUUGCAGUGCAUAGCCAGCUCCUCUUCGACAUGGUCGACCCAACCGCAAAUUGGCCCCCGGACCAUCAACUCCUCGCCUUAGUCGGCACCUUUGCUCUCAAAUGCGUCAACAAUUCCGAGCAAGUCCGGCCGAAAUUCACCGACGUCGUCCAGAAGCUCCGCGAAUGGCUGGAAUUCUGCACAGCUACGACAGCAUCCGACGACGCGAACUACCAGAAACAACUACAACAGCUCCAGCAAAAGGAAAAACAACUCGAAGACCGGGAAAAACUGGCGGAGCAGAGGAUUUUGAAGCAGUAUGAAAUUAUCAAAAAGGAGGAUGAAAUUCGGAAGAAGAAUUUGAUUUCGCAACAGGAGCAGCAACGGAUCUUGAUGGAAGAAACGAUGAGAAAGUCGCAAAUGUCUGUGGAGGAACAGAAAAAGCAGUUGGAGAUGCAGAAAAAGCAGAUGGAGUUUGAAUUCGCCAGGAAAUUGGAGUUGGAGAAGUUAAAAAUGGAACAUGAGUUGAGGAAACAAUACGAAAACAACAUGAACAACUCGAUUCCCUCAGCUGGUGGCGCGGUCGCCGCCGGUACUAGUUCUUCCGGUUCUCAGAAGACGAAGGAGACGAACCUACCAUCUCGGGGCAGCACGGUUUCGUCGGUGGAGAAGAUUUCCCCUCAAGCCGCUUUCCCCAUCGCGGCCGGGAGUGGUAGAAAUUCGGGGAGGCGGAGUCAGAGUCAAUCGGACCAGGAAUUCACCCCGACGCAUCUGUCCUCCGGUGGUGCUGCGAGUUCCGGGUCUGCUGCUUUACCGCAAUACAACUUGCGCGUGAAUGCGCAGCAUGGCGGAAGUGUGCUGGCCCCCGCGAUAGGACAACAGCAGCAGCAGCAAUUGCAGCAGCAGCCCCAGCAACCGCUUGUGAAAAGCGUUACUCUGCCACCGCAAACACUCGCUCCAAGCGCGAAGCCGUUAGCGCCCGGCGUGUUUCAAAUUUCGGAACAAACUACUGAAGACCAGUUUGACGAAAACGACAAUGCGUUGCCGAUAAAACCGAAGCGGGCGUCUUUGAAAGAAACGGUGGAGUACACGGGGCCGAAAAACAUCACCAGUUCCAACCCCUUCAGCUUCGCGCCAAAAGUCGUGCAGCCCUUUGUCACAGCCGGCGCCGGGACUUCUGCUGGUGGUCAUAACCCGGCUGUGCCGAGAAAUAGUUUCACCAACGCGGAGAACUCGGUCAAUUUCCAACCGGGGUUUGAUUUCGACAAACUGCACGAGAGUCGGAUGCAACAGAAGGCGGCUAAGGAAGCAGCCAUGUUGCAGCAGCAACAGCAGCAGCAACAGCAGAUGCAGCAGCAGGUGCUUGCCCCGGGUGUGGUGAGACUGUCGCAACAGAAUUUGAAUUAUUUUCCGCAGCCAAACCCGGUCGUCGGUGCGGGAUUGAGUGUUGGCUUACCCCCGGGGUCACAGCUGUUUCCGCAACCGAAAGCGAAGUCAUCCAGUGUAGCGGGUUCGACCCCCGGAGGAGCUGGGUCAAGAAGGAUGAGUGAGGAUGUUGUAGUAGGUGCACCACAAAAUCGUGCAGGAGAAGUGCCAGCAACGCAGAAUCUGCAGCAAAACGACGCGGACCAGGAUGUUCUGCAGGAGUUAGUCCCUUCACCGGAUGAAAUCAGGUAUCAGCAGGAACUGAAACGGGCGAUGGAAGCUUCCAUGCAGGAUUUGAAGGCGAGACACAGUGCCGGCGGAAGUCCGGUGGGGAAGGACGGGGAUAUGGAAAACAGCGGGAAGUCGACAUCUAGCGCGGGUGCUGCAGCAAAAGUGCCGCCGGCCUGGAAGAGAGGGAUAAAAGAGCGGUAUGUUCUUGUGUAUGAAUCGUUGUUCUCCACGAAUGAUUGCAUGGCAGGUCUCUUGAUAUACACCGGUUGAUGAAAACUAUCAAAACGCAAACAGGUACCCCGCGGAAAUUGCGCAGAUCUGCAACUUGGGCUUUCAAGAGAGACAGGCGAUUUGGGGAUUGGCGCAGACAAAGAACGUAGAACAGGUGGUGGCGUUGAUUUGUGACAACGAGGGAGGAGAUUUUGACAGUUUGCCCGUGGAAAGGAAUUUGAAGGAUGUUGCGAGGUGAAAGCAAGCUUACAAGAAUUUAGGUGAUGACAUGGAGGUGGUAAGGCACAUGAAUCGCUUGUCGAGAUUUCUGUCAUGAUCACCAAGAAGAUCUCGCGCACCUCCGAUUUAAUAAGACGCGCCUGCGAGAAUAGUCCGAUACCUCAUUUUCUUGAAGAGCAGUGAUGUUGCUCCUGCUGCUGAACUCCGGACAUCGUUUCUGCAAAGCCACGACAAUUCUGCAGCCGAGUGCUGCCUGAGGUGUUCUUCGUGUAGAAGGCCUGUUGUUCCUUAGUCCCUUGAUGCCGUCAAGGACCGCGGAACCAAUAC